CCCUUUUUUCCCAUUCAAUCGUCUCGUCCCUUUUUCCCACGGCCUCUAAUCAAAUUCUCAACAUCCACCACCUGCCAAACGCGCAUUUACUUCGGAAUACGCCUUCGCCUUCUUUUCCUUUCCAUAUUCUCGGACCUUAAUAUCAAACGUUUCCAUCCCUGCCUUUGUUCUGACUUCUUCACGUCUCUUGGGCUACUCUAUUUGCAAACCCUACGCUCCGUCCGACCUCUCCGCAAAGCCACGUCAUUGUUUGUCCCAAAUCUCCCUGAGAGCCUCCUCAACCUUGACGGUCAGGACACAUACACCAGAAAAGAGAUGGCCGAAGAAGAGAAGAAGCGGUUCCUCGAGGGCAACGAGAUGGAACUCGGAGAGAAGCAGGGCAGGACCUUCAGUCACGCUCCUCAAGCCUCAAUCCCAAGAUAUUCACCCCCUUCGUCGAACUGGCAGAACAAUCCCAUUCUUCCCGUUGUCAGCUAUUGCGCCUCUUCUAUCUUAAUGACCGUGGCCAACAAGUACAUUCUUUCGUUUCCUGACUACAACCUGAAUUUCUUUCUGUUGGCUGUUCAGUCAAUUGUUUGCGUCCUGGCGAUCCAAUCCUGCAAAACUGCAGGCAUCAUUACCUAUCGGGACUUCAAAGCAGACGAGGCCAAAAAAUGGUUUCCAAUCUCCCUCCUUCUGAUCGGAAUGAUCUAUACGAGCACUAAAGCCCUACGAUACCUCUCAAUCCCCGUUUACACGAUCUUCAAGAACUUGACCAUCAUCCUGAUCGCUUAUGGUGAGGUGCUAUGGUUUGGUGGCUCGGUUUCGUCGAUGGCUCUUUUCUCCUUCGGCUUGAUGGUCCUCAGCUCCGUCAUUGCGGCAUGGGCCGACAUCAAGCACGCUCUAGAAUCACACGGUUCUGCUUCAGCCGCUGCAACUGCACAAUUGGCGACUUUGAAUGCUGGGUAUAUCUGGAUGUUCGCCAAUUGUCUGUCGACUGCAGCCUACGUGUUGGGCAUGCGCAAACGCAUCAAGCUUACGAACUUCAAGGACUUUGACACAAUGUUCUACAACAAUCUCCUUACCAUUCCCAUCCUUUUGGUCGCCUCCUUGGCCCUGGAAGACUGGUCCGCCGUUAACCUGACGAAGAAUUUCCCGCUCGAUGCAAGGAACGCAAUCAUUGGCGCCAUGAUCUUCACCGGCCUGUCCUCGAUUUUCAUUUCAUACACGUCGGCGUGGUGUGUGCGGGCCACAUCCUCAACCACGUACUCUAUGGUUGGGGCGCUGAACAAACUUCCCAUUGCCGUAUCGGGCCUCAUCUUUUUUGACGCCCCCGUUACCAUCCCCAGUGUCUCGGCUAUCACUGUCGGGUUUGUCAGCGGCAUCGUCUAUGCGCUUGCGAAGGUGCGAGAAUCCUCGAAACCCAAGACGAUACUUCCUACGACGAAUACCAUGAGCGCCAGCAGCCAGAGUAACCGAGAUAGCCUGAAGGCAUGAGUGCAGGAAGCGCGAGGUUGAUGGCAGGAAGUUGUAGACUACUACUAUUCUUCGAUAUGUUGACUUGGUUCGAUGGCUUUGGACGAAGAUCUUAUGCAUUGCGAGGCGUUUCGAUUUGGUGGCGGGCCGGCAAUGGGCUCGAGGAAUUUCUGAAACGUAAAGAGGUCAUGUCGAAAGAAGAAUCACUCGACACGAAAUGUCCCGUUCGGCUUCUGUACUUUACAAAACACCUAGAAUUGUUAGAAUAUACUCCGUACGCUAUUUCACUUCACCUCGGCGGCAGCAAGCGCAACGGUCAGCUUCGG